AUGUUGGUGGAAUUGUUGAGGAUAUUUGUUGUUUUUGAUUUUGUUUUUGUGAAAAUAAACGGAGAAAUUGGGGGGAUUUUGAUGUUGUUUGGUUUUGAUCUGUUUUUGUUGAAAAUGUUGUCGAAGUAUUUCUUCUUUUAUUUAUUGCUACUAAAUUUUUUUGUUGUUUUUGUUUGGAUUUGGCCUGGUAUUAAAAUUAUUUUUAUGUUUGUUUAUUAUUUAUACCAGGGAUCGCGCCGACAGAAAACCAAAUUCCCGAUUUUCAAGAAUAUUUAG